AUGGCGUACGAGGCGUCCGCGGACGACAGCUGGGCCCUGUACGCCCAGGAACAGCCCGAGCAGCGCGAUCCCGCCCAGUAUCAGCACCAUCAGCCCGUCUACUCCCUCCCCGCGCCUGACAAGGCGUAUCUCGCCAACUCCGCUCUCGAUGUGACGGACGGGAGGAGCGGUGCUGGCGUCGCGCCCGAGGAGCUGUACGGGUACGCGACGACGGCAGAGGGAUAUGCAGCACCGGCGUACACCUUUGCGCCGCAGCGAACGGCGAGCUACGGGACGACACCCUCGCCUGGUCUGCCCGCCCUCUCCCCGUCCUCCGCAACCUCGUUCUCCUCGUCGUCUUUCUCCUCGACGGUCUCGCCGUUGCAUCAUGGAUCCGCUGCGACGACGCCAGAGCUGCAGCGAAGCGCCGGGCUUUUGCCGCCGGCUCGGAUAGACGGCGGAGGAGGCGAAUACGCUUCCCAGCAGGAUGUUCGGGACGGAGGCUUCUUUGCGUCGGCGCAGGACUCGUACAUGCAGCAGCAGCAGUGCGUUCAGUACGAGGGCCAGGCCGCGCAGUACCCGCCGUCGUCUUCCGCUUUUGUCCUUCCUCCCGCCGCUCCCUCGACACCUCGUCGGCAUCCUCCCGCCUCGCACCUCUAUCGCUCGCCUUCCGCAUACUCAGUCGCGUCGACGCCUACAACUUCGCCUUACCAUCGACCGUCGACGCCUCGUUCCGCCGUCGCUCGUCGCCGAUCUGUCGACGGGCUGGCCGAAUCGCCGACGAAGCGAGCAUCACCUCGCAAGGUACAGGCGGUGACGACGUCGGUUGACGCGAACGGAACCCCGACGAAAACGGUGAGGCGCGUCGCCAGGCUGAGCAUCGAAGUCCCGCCGGCGGCUCAGCGAGGGAUUGCUCCGCUCUCCGCUCCGCCCAAUUCACUCCCGUCGCCUGCGUGGUCAACCGCACCUCCGCCUCUUCCGCCUCCACCCUCUUUUACCGUGCAGUCUGAGCCCAUCGCGUCGUCGUCCGCGUCGUCGCCGGCGGAUCAGGUCCUUUCGGAGGCAGCGGUUCGAGAGGUCGAGCAGCUCCUCGGCGAGCUAGGCCCGAUUCUGGAGACGGGCGUCUACGAGCAGCCUGGAGGUGCGAACGACGAGUCGUACAUCCAGCUUUCGCCGCGAGCUCAGGCGAGAAUGCCGGGCGGAUCGUACGCUCAGGACGGACGGGCGCCGCCGAUGAGCAUAUCCAUCUCUGGCGUCACGCUGGGCGAGGAGGACCUCGCGCUUCUCGAGGACCCAUCGUUGACCAGCGACGUGUACGACUCGCCCUCUCGGUCGUACCCGGCUUCAGCGUCUGCAUGGCGGACUACUUUCGACCUUCCUCCCGCUCCGCCUCCGCCUGUCCCUCCUUUUCCGCACGCUCACUACACCUCGUACAACGACCAGUACCUCUCGCCAACGAAGCCGGUCUCGACGUACACUCUCUCCCACUCGUCCAGCAUGAACUCGCUCGCGCUUCCGCCGAACCCGCACCAGCGCGCCUAUUCCGCUCAGGGCCACCUCCCCCGAUCGGUGUCUUCUCAAGAUCCCUUCUUGUCGUCGUCUCCGCCUCGCGCCUCUUCCUCCGUCCUUCGCCGCAGGUCGAGUGUCGACUCGGUCAACCUCGCCGCUUCGUACGGCCGCCACCCCUACCCUCCGCCUCUUCCUCAGCAGCAGCAGCCGCCGCAACAACCCUUCCCCGCCGUCCUGCAGCCUGCACCUCCGCAAGGCGUCGCGAGACCGUCGACUCCGCCGCCUAAACCUGCGCAGGCGAACAGCAAGUCGCCUUCGAAGACGACACCGAAGCGCAAGCGUGGCUCGCCAACUAAGACGAAGCAGCCGGCUGCCAUGUUUAUCAACUACUCGUCCCAGGAUGCUAAAAAGCUCUUGAGCGGUGUCGCGCCUUCCGGCUCGUCGAAGAAGAAGCGUGAGGAAGACGAGGCUCGCCAGCGAGCGCUCGAGGAGGCGCAGGCGCGCGGAUACGCAGCCGGCAUCGCAUCUGCCUCACCCGUCUCUGUUGCGGCGUCGAGGUCCUCCAGCAGCGGCAGCGCCGUCCAGUGA